CUGUCAAUACUAUUGUAUCAAUCUAUAGUUCCAAUGUACUGUACACAAUGGAAGCUAAUAAUAAAAGCCGCCUCACCUACACAAGUUACAUGCUAACAUUUUUCCUGUGCGGCGCCUUACUCUUCUUGUUCGGUUUCUUUCCGGCCUCUUACUCAGCAUCGGAGGAAGACAGCAGCGUUCCCAAUGUGCGGCCAACUUCCUUGCAUGGACUUAAAAUUCAUCCACCGCCGAGAAGCUAUCAAGCUUUUAUCUUAUUUUUGAUCGAUGCCCUGCGCGAGGACUUUGUUAAUGCCUCGACAAUGCCAGUGGCGCAUGCCAGAGCAUGUGAGAAGCUGACAGUGCACGUUGACAUUCCAACUGUUACAAUGCCACGUCUGAAAAGCAUUACAACUGGCACACUGUCCAAUUUCAUCGACAUUGCUCUGAAUGUAGGGCAUACAGAGCAGCUGCAUGACUCCUUGCUGCAUCGUUUGAAACAGCAUAAGGCUAACGUUUCUUUCGCUGGUGAUCGCACCUGGGUGGAGCUAUUUCCUAGUGAAUUCAACAGGCAUUCAGCCAACAAUGAUUCAUUUUUUGUGAAUGAUUUUUACAAGGGCGACAGGAAUGUAACGAAAGUACUAGGUUUGGAAUUAGAAAAACGGGACUGGACCUUGCUUAUACUGCAUUAUCUGGGCCUAGAUCAUAUAGGGCAUGUUGAAGGUAAUAAAAGCCCAAGAGUGAAGGACAAGUUAAAAGAGAUGGAUGACGCGUUAAAAAAUAUACUAGACCAUAAGAAUAUUACUAAUUAUUUAUUAAUGUUGACCGGUGACCAUGGUAUGGCAGAGGGUGGUGGUCAUGGUGGUAAUACACCUUACGAGACAUUAGUGCCACUGUAUUUAUUUUCCAGUGAUUGUAGUAAAUCAACCGGUGGGCCAAAGCGUUACAACCAAAUUGAUUUGGCGCCUACUCUGGCUGUGCUGUUAUCCAUUGAGAUACCGAAAAUGUCCAUUGGAUGUUUGAUACCGGAAAUGUUACAGUCCCUGUCAUUGGAACAUCAAAUGUACGCAUAUUUUUAUAAUGCCCAUCAUCUUCUAAAUAGAGCCAGAGUGAAGUUUGGUCAUGAAAAAGUUAAGCACAGUGAUUACUAUCAUUGGUAUCAAAAUGCCACACUGUUGCACAAAAAGCUGUUGCAUUCAAUACGAGACCGCGAAAGCACCAGUAAUGUCCACUAUCAGGUUGCGAAGCUCAAUUAUAUGCGGAUGGCUCGUGAGAUAUCAAUGCUACUUUCUGAAUCGUUGGUGAAAUUUGACUAUGGUUUCAUAGCCAUAGGAUUGGCCCUCACACUUUCGAGCUCACUGCACAUUGUGCUCAGUAUUUUGUUUCUGGACGUAACUGAUCAACUGCAAAUGGACAGAUUAAAGGCCAGACAACUGUUACUAUCUUUAGUGAUUGGUGUCAUUUCAAAUGUAGUCAGUCAUCACUUAGACUUGAUAAUUACCAGCUCAAUUAUGCAGUCCGUUCUGUUAGUGUUACCAAUAGGCAUCUCGAUUUACCUAUCAAUUGAUGUGGUGCAAGCUUUACUCACGAUCAUGCUACCACCCUUGUACUCGCGCCGACUUAAAUUAUGCAUACCCCUCCCGCUUCCUUUGCUAAUUUGCUUUGCAAUACGGACUUUCACACUAGGUUCGUCAUCAUUUAUAGAGCGCGAGUAUAAAACUUGGUACUACUUAGGCAACACAUUAUUAGUUCUUACCUCCUUUAAAACGCUACGUCGUCGCAUUACUAAAACAAAUGUAGAGUUAGAUGGACGGCACUUACAUAAAAUUGCCUCUGUGUGCCUGUGGCAACAAAGGAAAGUAUUUGUUGUCCUAAUACUGUUAACAUUGAUGCGGUAUUUGUAUCGUUUGAACGUUAUUAAGAGCACCUUAAUGCUGUUCUCGUUGUUUCUACUAUGGGCGCGCCUCCGUAAAUUUAAUAAUUUGCUUCAAAUUGUCUUAAAUGCCGUAGCAUUUCUAUUGGUGUUCGGAUUCCGUGUUCUAAAUGGUGACGUAGAUUUCUAUGGUCUGAAAUCGCAUAUUAUGGCGCGCUUCAUUGUUCCUACCUUGGUUUUAUUCUGGUGUUGCAUGGCCGCAAAUAUCUUACUUGGCUAUCGCCUCGCUUUGCCGCAAAAAAAUCGGGACGGUGUUUUAAACAUAAAGCCUCAGAACGUGUUACUGCAGCUACUGCAGACAAACCUGAGUUGCUCGUUGGUGGUGGCGUCGCUGCUGCACAAGGCGCAGAAUGUUGUGCUCCUGCCUACAAUGCUUAUUACACUGGACCAGACGUACAAGCUCUGUGAUGUUUACUGCACAAGUGCGCGCAAGUUUACUGUGCGCCAGGUGCAUGUGUACAAGAUCAUAAUGACGAUAUUCAUUGCCCGAAUGUUUUACUUUUAUCAGGGCAACUCGAAUAGUUUGUCCACCAUUGAUUUGACGCCAGGCUAUAUUGGGCAGACAAAUUAUAAUCCUAUAGUGGUCGGGAUCUUUGUCACAUUGAACACAUAUUGCGCUGAAAUACAUUCCUUUCUCUAUCUGAUCGUGCACACACUGCGCACGGACCUGAGGAGCGUGGGGAUCAUACAACUGCAGCCACCUUAUGCCGUCGCUGCUGACACGUUGGUGAUGCCCAUGUAUGCUGCCAUGAUUAUGCUGCCGGCAGCAUUUUACCUUUGCCUAAUGCUAGGGUUUCGCUAUCAUCUCUUUAUCUAUUCCGUUUUUUCACCUAAAGUAUUAUAUGACUGUUAUACUGUUUUGGUUUUUUACUUUGUAUUUGUAAUAACGAGUUUGUACUUUAAAUUGUUUAAAAGAGAAACUUAAAUAUAAUUAAAUUACUGAUAAAACCUUUGUA